GUGUGACUGCUUCAGUUGUUUUAAAAACGCGAACGUGUGAAGUACGCUAAAUACUACUAACGGAGUAGAAAAGUAGAAGCAUCAACAAAUCACAAUUUGAAGUUUGGUGUGCAUACAUUCAUACAUACAAACAUUUAAUAAUCGUUUUAUUCAGCCAGAACUUAGAGUACAAAAAUAAAAAAAAUUUAUAUUAAAAUAUAAAACAAUGGCCAACGCGUACUACGGUAAAUAUUUAAUUGCUGCGCUGCUUUGUGUGGGCUUUGCAAUGCUGAUCAAUGCACAGGAUAAACCAGUCACUGACAUUUGUUUGGGUUGUAUUUGUGAGGCAAUUAGCGGUUGUAAUCGUACGGCAACUUGUACUGGCGGCGUCUGUGGACUCUUCCGUAUCACCUGGCCAUAUUGGGCUGAUGGCGGUAAGCUGACAUUGAAUGGCGAAUCGCCCGAAUCGGAAACGGCUUAUGCCAACUGCGUUAAUGAUCCAUUUUGUGCUGCGAAUACCAUGCAAAAUUAUAUGAUAAAAUAUGCACAGGAUUGCAAUGGUGACAAUCAAGUGGAUUGUUAUGAUUAUGCGGCCAUACACAAACUGGGCGGUUUCGGUUGCAAAGGCGAAUUGGGUUAUAAUUAUCAGACUACACUCUCGAAUUGCUUGAAUCUAUUUCAGGGUUAAUUAGUUUAGUAUCAUAGCUUGACGUUUGAUACUUUUCGAAAAGCAUUACUGUAAUAUCAGCUAUGAUUAUUAUAUUUUAUUUGAUUUUAUCUUAUUUUAAACUAAUCUUAUGACAUUUAUUAAUAAACGAUAAAUAAAAGAAAUGUAUACUCUUUUACCUUAAA